AUGACAGUCGACGGCAAAGCCCGCUUCGGUACAGGCGCCAUUGUCUUCCAGCAACGGGCUUCCGAGCUCGGUGAUCCUUGGGCAUUGCGCUACGCAGGCCAGGAUGUUUAUUUGACCAAGAGGGUAGAUAUGCUUGUUCCGGGAAAGGAAGGAACGUCACAAGAGGAAGGUCGAACGGAUUUGGAAAUGUACGAGCCAAAAGAGACGGCUAUAUCCGAUCCAGCGGAAGCCUCCGGCAAAUAUACCAGCACUUAUCUCAGCAUAGAGUUCCACGUGCUAUUCUCCACAACAUGGCAAUGUCCAACCCUCUACUUCAACGCCUGGGACGAGUCCGGGAAUAUGCUUUUCCUAUCCGAUAUGCAAACGGCGCUGCAGGGGAAUGUUCCGAUAGCGCUUGAUGAGAACCAUCAGCGAACGUCGUAUGACAUGCCGGCGGUUACUCAGCAGGAACAUCCAUAUCUCGGCCUGCCAUUCUUCUACCUGCAUCCAUGCCAGACCUCGACGAUCAUGAAGGAGAUACAGGAUGGUUUGCGAAGCAAUGAUCUGGGGCUGCUGACCUCGUGGAUGAGUUGGAUGAAUGCGAUGAUUUACCCGUUGCCGUUGUUGCCGUGCGUUAGCGACGAUGAGGGCCGAGUGAGCCUAAUGGGGCCUGGUGCAGGCCUUGGCGAGUGA